AUGAACAAUUACCAGGACAAAUUUAACUGGGACUUCAACGCUACAAAGCCCCUAAAAGUGAUUAUCGUGGGUGCUGGUAUCGCUGGCUUGACGGUAGCGCUGGGACUAAACAAGGCUGGCCAUGAAGUUCUUAUCUUGGAACGCGUCCAUGAGAUCGCGGAAGUUGGUGCUGGCAUCCAAGUGGCCCCUAAUGCUGCUCGUAUUCUAGGCCGUCUAGGCUUAUUAGAUAAGGUCAUGGAGAAGUCGAAUAGCUUAGAGAAAAACUCUCUGCGGCGGUAUGCAAAUGAUCAGGAACUUGGAACAGCGCCUUUGAUGCCCCAGGUAUCUGAGAAGUAUCAUGCACCUUUGGCGGUUAUCCACCGAGGUGAUCUACAACGUAUCCUGCUAGAGGGGUGCAAAGCUGCAGGGAUCGAAAUUCGAACAAGCUCGCGCGUGACUAAAGUCCCUGACGAUUUUGAGGCCAGAGUACAGCUGGAGUCGGGGGAAUGGAUCUCUGGCGACGUGGUGAUUGCGGCCGAUGGUAUAAAAUCAGACAUACGCCAACAAAUUGCUUCCCAUCAUGGGGUUCACGACACAUGCCAACCGACUGGAGACGCAGCCUACCGAGUCAUGAUCCCGAAAGAGGAAAUGUCAGGAGACAAGCGCGCAUUGGACCUAUUAAACCACAACGUGGGUAUGCGGUGGAUGGGACCAGGCGGCCAUAUCAUGGCCUAUCCUAUUAAAAACAACACUGUGUACAACAUGGUAUUGCUACAUCCUCAAAAGAAAGACGCGCCCAAUGAGGAGAGCUGGACCAACAAGGGAGACAAGCAAGAGAUGCUUUCUUUUUAUCACGAUUGGAAUGAUUUGGUUCGCAGCCUGCUCACUUAUGUCCCGGAUGGCGAGGUGAUGGAGUGGACUCUCAAUUCCCACUUGCCCUUGCCCUCUUGGAUUGAGAACAAAUGCGUCCUAAUGGGCGAUGCUUGUCACCCGAUGCUUCCAUAUGUAGCUCAGGGCGCUGCGCAAGCCAUUGAAGACGCUGGUGUCCUCACAUGUGCGCUCUCUUUGACCGAAUCGGUUCCUACGGCGCUUUCUGUUUACGAAGCUGUGCGCAAGGAGCGUGCAGAACGCAUUCAGAACAGCGCAUCUGAGACAAGAAAGGCUUUACACUUACCUGACGGCGAAGAACAACGCAAACGCGAUGAGGCCAUUCGAGGCCCCGGUAAGAAUCCAGAUCUAUGGGCUGAUCACAGCUGGCAGGACUUUAUGUGGGGAACCGAUGUCAUGAAGGAAACAGUGGACAAUUGGAGUGAUUUGGUAGCCCGCUGUCACGGGUAUCACCUACAUUCAGUAGGGGCUGUCAGCUAUUAA